UCUCCAGCUGUUGCAGAUGUGUCCCCUGCUGGAUUUUCAGUCAAACUCCUUCCUGCCUGGGGAUGGGCACAGAACCUGGGCACCUCUUUGAGCCCAGGCUUCCCCAUCAAUGGAAUACGAUUGUUCAGAGUCCUUUUCUCAUUUCUCCAGACCCAGGGGCGUGAGCUCUCUCAGCUCAGGCCUGGACCAGGUCACCCCAGGAAGGCCCCUCUGGAAGGAGCCAGGGCUGUGGCUUUGGGUGGGGCUGGUGGCCUCUUCUAGGAGCCUAGCAUCUGGAAGCCAUCAGACCAGGAGUAGGGGGGGCAGGCUGCAGGAGAGGCCAGGGAAGGGCGGCAUGCCUCCUCCCGGCCACACACAGGCCCACCCCUCGGGAGCCGUCUCUGCCUCCCGCCAGCGCCUCUCGGCCUGUAGCCUCGCCCCCUUCCACUGGCUGCCUUCUCUCUCACCCCACCGGUUGCUGCUCCUGCAAGAUGCAGUCACAUACUGUGCAGUAGUGCUGCUUGCUGCGUGCUGGGCACCUCACGUCUCUGGCACAGGGUAGUGGGCUUGGGGGAGAACUGUCCCCAGGGGGUUAGCCUGGUGUCCCCUUCCUGGAGUGAGAAGUACCUGUCUUGUCUUUGAAGUCUUAGCUCAGGGUGGCUGGGGCCAGGCAGGGGGCUUAUGUAGGACAUCAUGGCUGGAGAUAGGGCUGCGGGGAUGGGAAAUAAGGAGGGUUGUCUCCUUGGUCCUCAAGCCUGUGAGGCUGAAGGAGGUCUGGGUGCACAGCAAGCUUCUAGGUGUAGGAGCCAGUGUUUCUGAUCAUCAUCUGGGGCCUGCUGCAUCAGAAUCACAGGGAUUCUUGCUCGCCAUGUAGAUUUCUGGGCCCCAUCCAGAUCUGCUGGCCAGUGGGGCCAGGACCUGGGGUCUGCAUGCUUAUUUUGACAGCCAGGCAUCCCAGAGCACAUGACCCCAUUUCCCUCCAGAUCUGCCUAGGGUAUAGGCACAGACAGAUAAUGGCAUUUUUUUGUAAUGGGAGGGAUGCAGGUUACCCUUGGGCCCAUCUGGAGCUGAUCGUAAAGACAGGGGCCCACCGGGGGCAGGACAAGGAGGGCGCUUAGCCUGAGCGUGUCCCUUUCCUCCCCUUUAGUCUUGCAAACAUUCCACUGACCCCUGAGACUCAGCGGGACCAGGAGCGGCGGAUUCGGCGGGAGAUUGCCAACAGCAACGAGCGGAGGCGCAUGCAGAGCAUCAACGCGGGCUUCCAGUCCCUUAAGACCCUCAUCCCCCACACAGAUGGAGAGAAGCUCAGCAAGGCAGCCAUUCUCCAGCAGACAGCGGAGUACAUCUUCUCUCUGGAGCAGGAGAAGACCAGGCUCCUGCAGCAGAACACACAGCUCAAGCGAUUCAUCCAGGAGCUGAGUGGCUCGUCCCCCAAGCGGCGGCGUGCAGAAGACAAGGACGAGGGCAUCGGCUCACCAGACAUCUGGGAGGACGAGAAGGCAGAGGACUUGAGGCGGGAGAUGAUCGAGCUGCGGCAGCAGCUGGACAAGGAGCGCUCCGUGCGCAUGAUGCUGGAGGAGCAGGUGCGCUCACUGGAGGCCCACAUGUACCCGGAGAAGCUCAAGGUGAUCGCACAGCAGGUGCAACUGCAACAGCAGCAAGAGCAGGUGCGGCUGCUGCACCAGGAGAAGCUGGAGAGGGAGCAGCACCUGCGGACCCAGCUCCUGCCCCCUCCGGCUCCCACCCACCACCCCACGGUGAUUGUACCAGCACCACCGCCCCCUCCCUCCCACCACAUCAAUGUCGUCACCAUGGGACCCACCUCCGUCAUCAACUCUGUUUCCACAUCCCGGCAAAAUCUGGACACCAUUGUGCAGGCGAUCCAGCACAUAGAGGGCACCCAGGAAAGGCAGGACCAGGAGGAGGAGCGGCGGCGAGCGGUCAUCGUGAAGCCGGUCCGCGGCUGCCCCGGGGCCCACGCCUCGGAUGCCGCCUCUGAUUCGGAGGCUUCGGACAGCGAUGCCAUGGACCAGAGCCGGGAGGAACCAGUGGGGAACGGGGGGCUUCCCUGACCACCCCCAGCCCUCCUCUCCCUUCUGGGGGCUGGAGGGGGCCGGGGGCAGCAACAGGGAGAAACACAGGUGAACGAGUGAGGAAUUUUUACAAAAUUACGACGUCAUUUGGGUCUCUUUUAUGACCUCUUUUUCAUACUGUAAAUCGACCAUUGAGUGAAGCCACCCAACCGGAGGUCCCGGGGGCUGGGGUGGCAGGAGUGUGUGGGAGCCCCGGGACACCUGGGGCUGGGCCUCGGCCCCGGAGGCUGGGGGAAGCUGACACUCAGGUGCCUGGCCUUUCUCCGCCAAAAAGCAUUUUUUCAUUUAAACAUGUUUUUAAGAACAGGGAAAAUCAAACAAAACCCCAAGGUAUUUCUGCCCUCCCCAGAGCCAGCCCUACGACUGUCAGUUUCAACUCCCCUUUCCCUCCUCUGUUUGGUUUUCUUUCCCCCUUUAAGCACUUACACAGGUGGGGGGGUCUGGCUGGGUUGGGGUGCUCUGGGGGUCCGGUUGCUUCUCGGUUGGGGUUUGCUGCUGCCCUUCUCCCCCCCCUCCGACUCGUCUCAGCACUAGGAUUGGCCGUUCUCACCACCACCCAGCCCCCACCUCUCCCUCCAGGUUGCCCAUCUUCGACCCCAAAAUGUCUUUGUCUCUCUCGUUUUGUUUGUUGUUGGUUCUUUUUUGGUUUUGGUUUUGGUUCUGUUUUGUUUUCGUUUUCGUUUUUUACAGUUUUGAGGUCUUUUUGUUCAAGGAGAAGCUAUUAUAUUUUGUUAAGAAAGUGGGGGAAAAAAACCAAGAGGCCACCGUGCCUUUAUAAAGAAACAAAAUAAAGUUUGUACUUUGUUUUUUAGA